GAGCAGAAAGAAAGUGAGAAGGAGAGUGAGACAAAAAGAGAAAAAACAAGAGUCAAAGAGAGGCAGAGAUCGCGAUAGAUAAAGACGGAGAGAAGGAUAGAGGGAGAGAAAAAGAGAGUUUUGGGGUGAUCGAUUCAGGGGUGUUUGGGGUGCACCGCACGUGGGAUCUCGGUGGGCUCUGUUCCUGUUCCACGCGGGCCGAGACCAGGAGCUUUCACCGGUUUCAACCGUUACGGAGGAGUUCCCUUCCCUUCUUCUCCUGCCGGCUCUCACAUUAACAAGAAAAGCUUUUUAAUUUUUUUAUUCUUUUUAUUUUUUUAAACCUUUAAAACUAAUAAAUUAGUCUUGGAUUUAUUUUUAAUUUUUAAUUUUUAAUUUGCGGAAUUUUCCUCCCCCUUUUUAAAGAUGGGACUUGGUCUGUGCCUCCUGAUUCUGGGUCUGCUACUCCUCCAGCCCGUUAAAACUGCAUCAUCUGAAUGUGGAGUUGGGUGGGAAACAAAUGGCGACAAAUGCAUUGAUGUUGAUGAAUGCGCAUAUCCCGUCUGUGGCAAUCGUGCCAGGUGCUUCAACACCAAUGGCAGCUACUACUGUCAGUGUAAUCCUGGCUUUCACGUGAAUUCAGAAUCUAGAACCUUCACUGGCAUUGACGGAGUGUGUCGUGAUAUCAACGAGUGCUUAGAGACCCCCAAUAUCUGCGGGCCCAAGGCCUCCUGCCAGAACACCGCUGGGUCCUACAACUGCACCUGCUCUGAGGGCUACAUCUCCAACAACGGCCAGAGAGUUUUUCACAACGCUACAGGUGUCACCUGUGCAGAUCUGCGAGUCCUCCAGCCUGUUAAAACUGCAUCAUCUGAAUGUGGAGUUGGGUGGGAAACAAAUGGCGAUAAAUGCAUUGAUGUUGAUGAAUGCACAUAUCCCGUCUGUGGCAAUCGUGCCAUUUGCUUCAACACCAAUGGCAGCUACUACUGUCAGUGUAAUCCUGGCUUUCACGUGAAUUCAGAAUCUAGAACCUUUACUGGCAUUGACGGAGUGUGUCGUGAUAUCAACGAGUGCUUAGAGACCCCCAAUAUCUGCGGGCCCAAGGCCUCCUGCCAGAACACCGCUGGGUCCUACAACUGCACCUGCUCUGAGGGCUACAUCUCCAGCAAUGGCCAGAGAGUUUUUCACAACGCCACAGGAGUCACCUGUGCAGAGCUGAAGAGUGACCUGUACAAAACCUCAGGUUCACCUGACCAGGAUGCGUUCCAGCUGCAGGUGAUCACCUGGGUGGGGCUGUCGGUGUUGCUGGUGUGCCUCCUGCUGUGCAUUGUUACCUUCCCCUUUUGCCGGUCCAUUCAAGGAACUCUCAACUUCAUCCACAUCCACCUGUGCAUCUGCCUCUUCAUCGCCGACCUGGUCUUCCUCGCUGGCAUCUCCCGCACCGAGGACAGGGUGGGCUGUGGGAUUGUGGCAGGGGUCCUGCAUUACUUCUUCCUGGCAGCGUUCUGCUGGACGUUGCUGGAGGGGGUUCAGCUGUACUGCAUGGUGGUUCUGGUGUUCAACACCACGAUGCGGCCGAUCGUCACGAUCACCAUCGGAUACGUCGUUCCCGCGGUGAUCGUUACCGCCAGCGCCCAGGGAUACGGCACAGGCAGGCACUGCUGGCUGAACCUGGAGAAUGGGUUCAUCUGGAGAUUCUUUGGACCCGUCUGCAUCAUCAUCAUCAUCAACGGCAUGUUCUUCGUCGUCACUGUGUGGAAGCUGGCCCAGAAAUUCUACUGCCUCAAUUCAGACAUGUGUACCCUGCGCAAGAUCAAGACGUUCACAGUCACUGCCAUCGCCCAGCUGUGCGUGCUGGGAACCAUGUGGAUUUCUGGCUGCUUCCAGUUCGAGGGGAGCACGCUGGUCGCCUCUUACCUUUUCUCCAUCUUUAACUGCCUACAGGGGGCGCUGGUACUCAUCAUGCGUUGUCUCCUCUACAAACAGGUAAGAGAGAAGCACGCCAGGUUCCUGCCCUGUAUCCGCAAAGACUUGUCGGCGAACGAGUCCAGCAGUGAACCUGUCCAGGCAUUCAGGACACUGGAGAGUGAUUAGAACACUGGGGAGUCACAGAUCUGAGGUGGUCCACCACUGUCCCAUGAUGCUUUGCACUAUUUCCUGUCUGAUCCUGGCGUGGCCCCUGCCACGUUGUACAAGCUUCCUGCGCAACAGUGCCUCAAACCCAAUCAACCAAAAUCCAGCCAGACCUGUACUAUAAGGGGAAUUCCACCCUGGGCUUUUCCUUCAUUCAUAGAAGAGUAGCUGCCCUCCUGAUUAAAACGAGCUCUCUACCUGCAGAGUGUGUAGAGAUAUAGCCCAAACUGCUGCACAUGCUCCAGGUACCUACAGAGAGGUGACCAGUUAAAGGAAAAACCAACAUGAAGUACCUUAGUAAGGUGUUGUGCCACAAUGAGCCAUCAGAACAGCGUAAAUGCACCAAAGAAUAGAUUCUACAAGUCUCUGGAACUCUACUAGAGGGAAGGAACAACAUGCGACUAAGAGAUAUUCCCUCAUUUGGUGCUUUGAUGAUUUGGUGGUGGAGAGCGCUGUCUUACACGUCUCUCAAAAUCUCCCAUAGGUGUUCAAUUUGUUUGAGAUCUGGUGACUGCGAAGGCCACAGCAUAUGAUUCGCAUCAUUUUCAUACUCAUCAAAUCAUUCAGUGACCCCUCAUGCCCUGUGAAAGGGGGCAUUGUCAUCCUGGAAGAGACCACUCCCUUCAGGAUAGAAAUGUUUCCCUUCCCUCUAGCAGAGGCACCGGGCCUCACUAUAGUGGUUAAGCAUUCAGGCCUGUCCCUUUCUCUUAGCGUGUCCCACACACGCUCUCGCCCACUUGUCGAGAAUAUGGUGAAGUAAGACUCAUCUGACCAUAUAACUUUUUCUCCACAUCUCUGUAGACCAGUGCCUAUGGCUCUUGAACUCUGAAAUGUGCGUUCAUCUUCGUAAUGAGAGGUUUAUGCACUGAAACCCUGCUAUGAUAUCCCUCUCUGUGUAGUUGUCGAUGGACUGUUAUUGCUGACACUGUCUGAUCAUUGACGUUCUCUGUUACCCAAGGAACAGUUGUUCUUCUGUUUUUCCUUGCAUAUCACAUUAAUGCAUGAGCAUCGAGGUCAUCGAGGUCAUCUUGUCCAUGGCUUUGGGUAAACCUGUCUGUUAAAUGCCUGCAAUGUAGCGUUAUGUUGCCGUCUAAUGCACUGUAUCUUAAGGAUUGGGAAUUCUAUAACCGACACUGAAUAUGCAUUUGUAUAAAAUUACACUGUGAAAACAUUUGUGCAAACCAAACCCCUUUUUCUUUACUUUUUUAUGGUUUGUACACUUAAACAUAUAUUACUUUUUCCUGUAUUUCUUUAAAUAAAAAUGAUCAUUGCAAUGUU